CAAGUUUGAGCAUAAGCAUGGCAAUCUAGCAGCACAAGCACAAGUAGAACUAAGAAGGAGAAGGAAAUGGCCUCCUCAAUGAUCUCCUCCCCCGCUGUUACCACCGUCAACCGUGCCGGUGCCGGCAUGGUUGCUCCAUUCACUGGUCUCAAGUCCUUGGCUGGCUUCCCCACCAGGAAGACCAACAAUGACAUUACCACCAUUGCAAACAACGGUGGAAGAGUGCAAUGCAUGCAGGUGUGGCCUCCACUUGGCAAGAAGAAGUUCGAGACUCUUUCCUACCUGCCACCCCUCAGUGAUGCUGAAUUGGGCAAGGAAGUAGACUACCUUCUCAGGAAAGGAUGGAUUCCUUGCUUGGAAUUCGAGUUGGAGCACGGUUGGGUUUACCGUGAGCACCACAAGUCACCUGGAUACUAUGAUGGACGCUACUGGACCAUGUGGAAGCUGCCUAUGUUUGGCUGCACAGAUUCUUCUCAGGUGUUGAAGGAGGUUCAAGAGGCCAAGAAGGAAUACCCCAACUCUUUCAUCCGUAUCAUUGGAUUCGACAACGUUCGCCAAGUGCAAUGCAUCUCUUUCAUUGCCUACAAGCCACCAGGCGUCUAAGUAUGAAAAAUUUGCAAACCAUUUGUAGCCGCCCUGCUUUGUUUGUUUGUACUUAAACCAAAUUCCCAUUUGCUUUUGCUUUUGUUUUUGCUUUUUGAGAUUUCAUCCUGUAAUUUGGCUUUCUGUUUUCGGACUUCACUGGAAAUGAAUGGAUGAGAACUAAUGAAUAAGCUGUGUCGGUGUUGCAUUGUUUCCA